GAAGGACAGUUGACAACCUGCACCAUGGAAUGGGCUGCUACACUCAUUCUCCUUCUUGCUGUCUUCAUUUCAUGCCAUCUGUUCAUAUCAUCUAAAAGGCAACAGUUGCACAAGGGGAGACUUCCUCCGGGACCCACUCCCCUGCCCCUGAUUGGGAAUUUACUGCAGAUCAAGCCAACCGAAGUAUUAAAAUCUCUUCUCAAGCUACGUGAAAAAUAUGGCCCUGUUUUUACUGUCUAUUUUGGGCCACAUCCAGUUCUGGUCUUAUGUGGACACCAAGCUGUGAAGGAGGCCCUGAUAGACAAGGCAGAAGAGUUCAGUGGAAGGACUACCACGCCUUCAAUAGUGCCUUCCUUUGAAGGAUAUGGAGUGUCUGAGUCCAAUGGAGCUCGCUGGAAGGAAAUGCGCCGGUUCACCCUCACUGUCUUGAGGAGUUUUGGAAUGGGGAAAAAGUCUAUUGAAGAGCGAAUCCAAGAGGAGGCCCAAUUCCUGGUGGAGGAAUUUCGGAAGACAAAGGAAAAUCCUUUUGACCCUACCUACCUCCUCAGCCGUCUAUUCUGCAAUAUUAUUUGCUCUAUUUGUUUUGGGAAGCGCUUUGACUAUGAGGACAAGGAAUUCCAGACCCUCGUGGUGAUGGUAAACAAGUUCUUAUGGGAGAUGAGCACGUCCUGGGCCCAGUUCUAUGACAUCUAUGCCAACUACCUGAAUUACAUUCCGGGAAUCUACAAUAAGAUGUAUGAUUGCAUGGAAGGAAGGCUCCUUAUUGUCAAGAGAAUAAAGGAAAACCAAGAGACAUUUGACCCUAAUUUCCCACGUGACUAUAUUGAUUGCUUCCUCAUUCAGAUGGAAAAGGAAAAAGACAAUCCAGACAGUGAAUAUAAUACAAAGAACUUGGAAGGCAACAUUCUUAGUCUACUCAUUGGAGGAACAGAGACGGGCAGUUCUACCUUCAGAUAUGGCUUCCUGUUUCUGAUGAAAUAUCCAGAAGUGCAAGCAAAAGUGCAUGAGGAAAUUGAUCAAGUGAUUGGCCCUAAUCGUGUCCCAAACACUGAAGAUCGGCGGCAGAUGCCGUAUACAGAUGCCGUUAUCCACGAAGUGCAGAGAUGCAGUGAUGUUCUUCCUAUGAGUUUGGCCCACAUGGUCACUCGUGACACUGAAUUCAGAGGAUAUCAUAUCCCGAAGGGGAUGACGGUCUACCCAAUACUCAGCACUGUCUUGCAUGACCCUACAAUGUUUAAAAGCCCCAAUGCUUUCAACCCAGAAAACUUCUUGGAUGAGAAUGGACGCUUCAAGAAGAAUGAGGCCUUUGUGCCUUUCUCCUCAGGGAAACGGAACUGCCUGGGUGAAUCCUUGUCCCGCAUGGAGCUGUUCCUUUUCUUCACCACCAUCCUGCAGAAUUUCCAAUUGAAGUCCCUUGUGCCCCCUGAAGAUAUUGACCUCACUCCUCAGAUGAGUGGCUUGGGCAACAUCCCACCCUUUUAUCAGCUCUGUGCCAUCCCACGCUGACCCUGAGGUCUCUU